UUAAGGAUAAAUACAAUUAUACUCGCCAGUCUUAAAUUCGAGACUAUUUUAUAAGAAACACGAAAAAAUGUUAAUAAUCUGACAAACAAAUUGGUGUUAUGUUCAAGUGAAUAGGGCCUUUUUAACAAGUCAACAAAUAACCAAAAACUGUUUUAUUAAAAGAGAGAAAACCGAAAUAAGUUCAUACCAUACAUACAUAUAAAAAUGAAUAACUAUACAAGAAGAUACUGGCCGAUUGUACUGUACUUAUUUUCGCUAUCACUUUCCUUUAUCGAUGGCUCUUUUAUAUUGCCAGAAAAUGACCCUCCCACCACGGCGCCAAAAUUCUUAUCGCGGGGUCACUUGUACAAGGUCAUCGUCGGGGAGACCAUCGAGUUGCCCUGCAAAGUACAAAACCUCGGGUCUUUUGUGCUUUUGUGGCGGAAGGGUUCCUCCGUCCUUACAGCCGGACAUUUGAAAAUAACCAGGGAUCAACGCUUUAAGAUAGUGGGAGACUAUAACUUGCAGAUUAAUGGAGUGAAGACUCAAGACGCCGGCGAUUAUAUAUGCCAGCUGGGAGAUCAGGAAAAUCGCGACCAAGUUCACACAGUAGAAAUUUUGGUCCCGCCGACGUUGAGGGCCCUUCCACACAAUGGGCAAGUGACUGCUCGUAAGGGCAGCACUGUCACCCUGGAGUGCAAGGCAUCUGGGAACCCGGUGCCCACAAUAUUCUGGUUCAAGAAAGAUGUGUUUUCCGGGCCAACUCACUUGUCGGAUAGCUCAACACUUAUAUUGGAAAAUGUGGACAGACAUCACGCCGGAACUUAUCAGUGUUCCGCCGAUAAUGGGGUAAAGGAUCGGGUAUCGAUGGACAUACAGCUGACCAUACUCUCUCCCCCGGAAAUAACCGUGGAAAAGUCCUGGGUCCAUGCAUCCGAAGGAUACGAUGUGGAGCUUGUUUGCAUUGUUCACGGAGAUGUCAACUCAGAAAUGCUGUGGUAUCAAAACUCUUUUCUGCUCGAUGCCACCGAUCGGCGAUCUAUGUAUCCACGAGAUGAUAGAUACAGUCUCAUAAUUCGCAACUUCCAGCCAACAGAUUUCGGCAAUUAUAGCUGUGUGGCCGAUAAUGCUUUGGGAAGAACAAAGAAAUAUAUAGAAGUAUCUGGCAGACCAGGACCUGCAGAUUUUAUUUCCCCAGCCUUAAGUGGAUACUUAGAUCAUUACAACUUGACGUGGACUAUCGAGUCUAUACCUCCGCUGGAUGAGAUUAAGCUCUUGUACCGACGUCUUUUGAUGAAUGAGACCUAUCAGCAUCCUGGUAAAUGGCAUGAAUAUCACAUCAAGCCAACGCCAAUAAGAACAGAUGGAUCACACUUCUUGAUGUCGUAUCUGGUGAAAAACUUGGAGCACAAUGCUGUCUACGAAGCGAUUGUUCAGGCUAAAAACAAAUAUGGAUGGAACGAGAUCAGCGAUAUUCACCAGUUUUAUACGCGAAAUCAUGAUCUUCUUCUUGACAUCGAUAUGGAAUAUAAAAUGGGCAUUUCAAGCAAUAUUAGAACAUCACCAACUGUCUAUGGAAUAGUUCUAUCUAUAAUUAUGUUAGUAUUCUAUCCCAUCAUUAGUGUUUAAGAUGAAACGAGUAGGGUUUAUUUGCAAAUAUAAUUUAAAUGGUGCCUUACUAAAACUUUAGCAAAUAAUUAAAUUUACAUGUAUGUACAUUAAGAAACCGUAUAAAUGUAUUGAAAUCUCAAUAGAAUACUUCUCUCAAUAGAAUAUAAACGAACGUACUUCCGCAAUGGCUAAGGAUAUACAGAGGAUCUUUAAAGUCAUCAUUUUUUAUCACUACAGAAAAGAAAAUAUAAAAAAUAAGUUCACUUAAUGUGUUUCAGAGAACACUAAGCAAAUACAUAAAAUCAGCAUUUAAGUUUAUGCUGUCAGGAUAAUUUUUGUUUAUUCAUGCUAAUCCAACUUGAUGUAAGCCUUAGGACUGUUUAUAUACUCGGGUAAAGAAUCUGAGCAAAAAAUGUUAGCCUCAGUGUCCCGAUCCAUGAACUGAGUACAGGAUAAUAUCAUAAUUACUCUCAAACAGAUCUAAUAAACCAGCCCGAACGAAAUUAGCUGAUAAUGAUAAGGAAUAUUAACAUCAUACCAUAAAGUGUCCGAAUUGGGCGAUAAAAUUAGGAAAUACUUAUCUGAAUACGAUCGGCAAAGAAACGCUCGAAUUAAAAUUACGAAAAAUGACUUCGUAUAUUUGCACAAAAGAUAUAUGUAAAUAAGCACAAAUAUUCUCGAUACAUCUUCUGAUUGACGGUAAAAAUGUUGAGAGUCAGAUUAAAACAUUUACCACGUUUAUACGAUGCAUAUCCCCAUAGCCCUUAAAUUUUGUAUAAUUUUCGGUAUGACUCUAUGUUUUGAAUUAAAUAGGAAAACAAAAGGGCAAUAAGGUCGAAAUCAAAGAGUUUGUUUUGUACUUUAUAAUUAGUUACAAAAUUGUUAUUCCCCCAGAGUGGAGAGAAAUUUUUUAACAUAUCGCGAUAGGGUAUUAUACUGUACUUAUAUCCACAAUCGUAUAAGCGUAGUAACUGUUGAAAUAAUAAAAAAUCUUCUUUAAUGAGUAUUUAGAAAUUAGAAAGUAUGGUUAUCAAAUUCUAUACAGUUGCACCAUAGGUAUUCUUUCUAAUUCAUGUCCGAUUUGUGACCACGAUCUUGUGGCACAUUCACAUUAACCAGUUCACUUUAAAUUUGAAAAAACAAUUUUAUUAUUUUAUUUUGAAAGGACAGAUAUAAAAUGCUUUAUAUGAACUGGUAUUCUUUCUCUCAUUCUGGGUAGUAAAAACAUACAGAAGGAAACUAUUCGACUACAUAAUAGAUAAGCAUUAACAUUCAAAGCUGAAAAAAAGCUUAGCAAUUCCAUAUAAAAACUUAAACGAAUACAGUAUAUACCCUCCUGUAAUCAUAAAAUACAUAAAUACAUAUUGCAAUAUCGUUCAACGACUGUAGAUACGUUAUCAUAAUAGGUAUACCAAUGAAUAUAAAAAUCAUUUAUAAAAUAAAUACAUAGAACUUUAAAUAAUUAGGUGAAAAUAAUUAUCGGUCAGGAAGAUAAACUUCCUCAGUUUCUUGUUCCGAUCAAUGUAAUAGAAUUAUUUGUUUUCGUUAUAAAUAAUUUAAAUCUUGUCAAUGAAUUCAUGUACAUAAACACAUGCAAACGUGUUAUCUUCUUUAAGGGUAAAACAAUUUACAAACAUACAUUGCACUAACAUUCAAAUUGUGUUGUUAAAUAAGACCAAAGAUUAAGUUAAAUUAUUUAUUUUCAGUUUUUAUCUUAUUUAUCUUAUUUUUCUUGGUUUUAUAGUUUUUUAUAGUUUUAAGCUGUCAUUUAGAGUGUUCUUUUUACGUUGUACGAAAUCUUUCUAUCUUAAACGAAUAAUAUAAUCCAUAUUAUUAAUAGAAAUAUCCUUAGAUACAUAAUCAAACAAUAACAUAUUAAUAGACUUAAAAACAAAAAAUUAAAAAAAAUGUAUGAUACAACAUAAAUCUUUUAAACCGGGAUAACAUGAAAGUAGUAAUAAUAUUAAUAAUUCUCUUGUAAGUUUGUACUUACGUAUGUCCCUAUACAUAUGUAUGUAAUUAUGUGUGCGCAAUAUCCGUUAAAUUGGAUCGUAUUAUGGACGUAAUAAUAAAAAUGAAGUAUCUUUUAUUUUAACAAUAAGUGUUCUUAGUCAUAAGAAAUAGAAAAUAUCUCAUUAGUGCUAUAAUUUCGAUAAAAAAAGAUUUACUUUACUGUAAGCGUGUAAGAUUUACCUAUUAAUAAUGUAUGGCAUUAUACAUAACAAACUUACAAAGCACGAAUAAAUCAUUUUACUAGUAGAUUAACAUA